UUCUUAAAGGGGCCGUUCCCCAUUGAGCAGAGCGGGCCCCCCCCGGCCGGGUGCUGAACACGAGGGCCAUGAAGGAGAUGUACCGGAGCUACGUGGAGAUGCUGGUGAGCACCGCGCUGGACCCCGACAUGAUCCAGGCGUUGGAAGAUACCAAUGAUGAGCUCUACCUGCCCCCCAUGCGCAAGAUCGAUGGGAUCCUCAAUGACCACAAGAAGAAGGUUCUGAAGAGGGUGACGCUCAACCCGUCCCUGCAGGAGGCGCUGCACACGUUCCCGCAGCUGCAGGCGGAGCCGGGGGAGGCGCUCGUGAGGCUGCGCCCGGGGGGGGACCCCUACAACAGGAAAACCCUCAGCAAGGUCAAGCGCAGCGCGGCCAAGCCCCAGGAGUUCAAGGUGGAGGUGGACAAAUCCUUCCUGUGCACCCUGUACCACUCCCUGCACCACUACAAGUACCACACGUUCCUGCGCUGCAAGGACGAGACGACGGCGAUCGAGGGCCGCGCCGAGGACCUGGGCCAGGAGGAGGUGGUGCAGCUCUGCAUGGGCAACCAGGCCUGGCUCGAGCGCCUCUUCCACUCCUUCAGCGAGCUCCUGGCCCAGGCGCGGGCCUCCUGCGCCUGAGGAACCCCCCCCUU